GAAAAAGACACGAAGCAUGUACUAUAAAAGCCGAAAAUAACCGAAAGAUUCAACUAGUUUGACCUUUUUUCAAACCUUUGAUGACCUUCACUCUUCAAAACCUAAAGAUCGGUCGUGGCAUAAACUCGUGUUUUCAUCUGCCAAGUUUACAAAACUUCAAUUAUUUUUAAUUUUAUAAAAAGUACUUUAAAUAUCGAUACACUCGAAAUCCUUUCAUUAAUAUUUUUUAACAAUAUUAUAAAAUAAAAAAUGUCUCGAGAACGAGCUUCACGGCGAUUUUACAGAAUGGAUAGCUUACAUGAUUUAUCUGUAUAUAUGGAUCGUGGUCAUAACGCUGAACAAGAAAAUCGAUGGAGUUUUGAAGUAGCAUGGGAAGUUGCUAACAAAGUCGGUGGCAUUUACACUGUAAUUAGGUCGAAAGCUUAUGUAUCAACUGAAGAAUUGGGAGAUCAGUAUUGUAUGAUUGGGCCUUAUAAGGAACAAUCUGCUAGAACUGAAGUAGAAGAAGCUGAAUUUCCUCCUCAUAGUCCUUUAAGGAAAGCUGUUCAAGUUCUGAGAGAUCAAGGAUUUAAAGUAGUUACUGGUACUUGGUUGGUCGAUGGCAAUCCUCAAGUGAUUUUGUUCGACAUUGGAAGUGCAGCUUGGAAAUUAGAUGAAUACAAAUCAGAAUUAUGGAACACUACGAACGUUGGUAUUCCACAUUUAGACAUUGAAGCUAAUGAUGCAGUAAUACUGGGUUAUCUUGUAUGUCAAUUUAUAUCAGAAUUCAGAAAAGCUGCAGAGGAAUGUUCUAGUGUUCAGCCAAGAGUGUUGGUGCAUUGCCACGAAUGGCAAGCUGGUCUUGGCCUGGUUGCCUUGAGAACCAGACAUGUUGACGUGGCAACAAUUUUUACUACUCAUGCAACACUUUUAGGCAGGUAUCUGUGUGCCGGAAGAACAGAUUUUUAUAAUAACUUGGAUAAGUUCAACGUUGAUGAAGAAGCUGGUAAACGUCAAAUUUAUCAUAGAUAUUGUAUGGAACGAGCAGCAGCACAUCUUUGUCACAUAUUCACAACUGUUUCGGAAAUUACUGGAAUAGAAGCUGAACAUUUGCUGAAACGUAAACCAGAUAUUAUUACACCAAAUGGUUUAAAUGUAAAAAAAUUUUCAGCAAUUCAUGAGUUUCAAAAUUUACAUGCUGUAAGCAAAGAGAAAAUUCACGAAUUCGUUCGGGGUCAUUUUUAUGGACAUUUUGAUUUUGAUCUGGAUAAAACUUUAUAUUUCUUUACUGCUGGGCGUUAUGAAUUUGGAAAUAAAGGAGCUGAUAUUUUUAUAGAAGCUUUAGCUAGACUUAAUCAUUAUUUAAAAACUUCAAAACCAGAUGUUACAGUAGUGGCAUUUUUAAUUUUUCCUGCGCGUACAAAUAACUUUAACGUCGAGUCUUUACGGGGUCAUGCUGUCACUAAAUCAUUAAGAGAUACAAUCCAUGUAAUUCAACAAAAUGUUGGUAAACGAAUGUAUGAAUCUUGUCUUGCUGGGCGAUUACCUGAUGCUAUGAACAUGUUAUUGAAAGAUGAGAUUAUUAAAAUUAAAUGCUGUUUGUAUGCAUUGCAACGAAAUGGCUUACCUCCAGUUACUACACAUAAUGUCGUUGACGAUUGGAAUGAUCCAAUCUUAAAUGCAAUCAGAAGAUGUAAUUUAUUCAAUACCAUCCAUGAUCGAGUUAAAAUAGUUUUUCAUCCAGAAUUUUUAUCUUCCACAAAUCCAUUAUUUGGUCUUGAUUAUGAAGAAUUCGUAAGAGGAUGUCAUUUAGGAGUAUUUCCGUCGUAUUACGAACCGUGGGGAUAUACUCCAGCUGAAUGUACAGUGAUGGGAAUUCCAAGUAUUACGACAAAUUUAUCUGGGUUUGGUUGUUUUAUGCAGGAACAUAUUGCUGAUCCUAAGAGUUACGGAAUUUAUAUUGUUGAUCGGCAUUUUAUUGAUGUUGAGUCUAGCGUUCAACAAUUAGCUCAUUACAUGUUUGACUUUGCUCGACUUAGUCGACGACAACGAAUUAUUCAAAGAAAUCGUACGGAACGUUUGAGUGACAUGCUAGAUUGGAGAAAUCUUGGGAUUUAUUAUCGUCAAGCAAGAAUGAAAGCUCUAGUAAAAUUAUACCCAGAAUACACUUCUGAACUAGAUGACAUGAGUGUUGGUCAAUUCAACUAUCCGAGACCAUUAAGUGAACCUCCGUCACCUUCUUCAUCUCGUGUUACUACACCUGCAGCUUCAGUUCAUGGUUCCGAUGAAGAAGAUGAAGUAGACGAUGAAAAAGAGCUUGCAGAACUGAGACAAGCAAAUGAAAGAUAAGAUGAUAUUUUUACUUGAAUGAAAAUACUACACCGAUAGAAGUAAAAAUUUGAGCCAAAUAAGAUUUAUUAAUAGUUAAUAAAUGGCUUAUUUGAAUAGAAAGAAAUGACACAUCGAGUUAAUUAAGCAAGGUUAUGACAAAUAAUUUAUAGGACUGUUUAAUUUUAUUUUUUUAAAGAAAAUAAUACACAAAAUUAAUUUGAAUUGAGGAUAAAAGUUAUUAUACAAAAUAUAUAAAAAAAUGAAACAUCAUAAUAAAUCUCUACUAACGAUCACACUCAUUCCAUUCGGGGUUAUAAACAUAAAGUGGCACGGUAGUCAAAUAUGAGAUUUAUUAACUAUCAAUAAAUCAAUAUUUGAGGCAAACAAAUACUUAUUUCAGCCAAAUAAUGCUGAAAAACUGUUUCAAAUAAAUACAUUUAUUAAUAUCAAAAAAAAUACUUCUAUCAGUGUAAAUAAUCAAUUAAAACUAUGACACUCAGAGAAUUUUACGGUAUUUUUUAAAUAAAAAAUUUAUAGAAAAAUUGAUGAGAGUGAAUGUAGCAGAUAUGAGUCAAUUUGUAAAUUUUGAAUAAAUAAAUAAAUUAGUUAAAAUACUUAAAUUGAAAAAAUUCCACGUACUGAUUUUUCAAUUAUCUAAAUAAGAAUUUUUAUAACUUUUAGUCUACUUACAUUUUAUUUAUUUAUUAAAAAAUUUAAAAAAUUGACAAUUGUCAGUUGCACUCACACUCAUAAAAAUUAUUAUAAUAAUCAAUGUGCAUUGUAAUUUUGACGAAGCAACAGAUUAAAUUAUAUUUUAAAAAUAUUUACUAGCUGUAUUGUGAUUGAUUAUGUCAAAUUAGAAUACUUGGUAAAAUAUUCGUAAAAAAUAAAAAGAAAACAAUAAAUCAAAGAAAAAAUGAUGAUAAAACAAAAAAAAAACUGAAAAAAAUAGGUUUGGUUCAUUCGUAGGCUCAACAUACAUACAAUCACUCAGUAACAACAAAAUAUUAGCAUAUUCAUUUGGUAAAAUAAAUUAUAAUUUAUUGAUUUGAAUAAAUCACUGUUAACAAUAAUAAAAACAGUCUAUUUACUAAAGUUAUCAAAAAUUUUAUAAGCAAUCAAAUACAUAUCUAUAGUUAUAAUACAAAAAAAAUUCACAAGACGUUACACGCGGAGAUGUUCGUUUAUUUACGCCUCAAUAUAUCACGUAAUUGAAUAUUUUUAAAAUGAGAUGUUUUAAAUAUAUAUCUUAUAUUUCGAAUGAAAAAUGACUGAUACACUUGAUUAUUAAUUUAUUUACUAAUAACUCUUUAAUUUUUAUGUGUAUUUAAAAAUAACUAUUGGAUGUAUGUAUCAUUUAAGGUUGAAGGACUAGUAUUUUUUGGCUCAGCUAUCAGUACUAGAAUUAACGAAAAGAACCGAAUAUUUCCAAAUAAAUUCGAAUUUUAAAGAUUUUUUAUAAAAUUACCAUGAUGUGUAGUACCAAGUUUUAAAAAAGUUUGAAUUUUUAAAUUUAAAUUGAUAAAUUUCUCAUUGCAUCUAGAUUUUGUUUAGUUAUUUUUUAAUGUAAAUACUAAAAUAAAGUAAGAGAAAUUUCGAUAAGUCUGAAAUAUUACUAUGUGAUAUAGUAAAAAUCUCUUGGAGUAUAUUUUAAUAAAAUUACUAAAACAAAUAGUAUAAUUCGUAAGAAUAUCGAGUUGUCCCACCGUUACCUAAAAUUUUUAAGUAAUUUUUACUAUAAAAUUCUCUGCGUGGAUAAGUUUCAUUAUUUAUUAAUUUCUCCUAUAUGAGAACCAUUCAUUAAUUGUUAUUGCACUGGUAAUUUUCUUAGAAAUUAAUUUUUUCUGUAAUUCUCAUUUUUAUCCAAUAUUAGAUUUACUGUUAUUACUAUUUUUUUUUUUUUUUUUUCAUUAAGGAGGGUCGGCAAUAGUUUUUUUUUGAGUAUUUCUUUAAAAAAAAAAACUAUACUCAAAACGACGAAUGAGGCUUGAUA